AUGGGAAACAAAAAGGCACUUUUUUUUAUUGACGGCCCUGGCGGAACCGGGAAAUCUUUUCUUUACAGUGCUUUAUUAGCAACCAUUCAUUCUAAAGGUGGUAUAGCUCUUGUGAUGGCGACAUCUGGGAUAGCUGCAUCCAUAUUGCCGGGUGGCAGGACGACUCAUUCUAGAUUUAAGAUACCCAUUGAUUUGUCCACUUCACGUACAUGUAGGAUAAGCAAGCAGAGCAGCAUAGGUUGUUUGAUUAGAGAGAGCAAGUUGAUAGUUUGGGACGAGGCGCCAAUGGCAAAAACAGAUGCUAUUAAGGCACUUGAUAAAGCUUUGCAAGAUUUGUGUGGUUGUGUGGAUAUUUUUGGUGGGAAAGUUAUAGUUUUUGGUGGUGAUUUUAGACAAGUGUUGCCUGUUGUUAGACGUGGCAGUAGAAAGGACACUGUUUGUGCGUGCAUUAUCAGCUCUGAUGUGUGGCCAUCUCUGGAGAAGCUUCAGCUUGUGGAAAACAUGCGUGCAUGCUUGGACCCUCUUUAUAUGUCUUUUUUGUUGAGGGUUGGUAAUGGUGAGGAAAAAACUUUUGGCGACGAUUUAAUAAAGAUACCUGAACCCCUUGCGUUGGCUGAUCCAUUGCAUGAAUCCUCAUUAGAUGAACUCAUUAGCGCAAUCUAUCCAGAUAUAACUAAUGUGGGUGGCAGUGAUUUAAUAGUCAAUCGAGCAAUUUCAACGAAAAAAAACGUAUUCAUGGAUGAGGUGAACAGCAAACUCGUAGCAACUUUUCCUGGUGAGUUAGUCGAAUACCUUAGUUUUGAUGAAGUUGUCAAUCCGUCUCAUGCCGCGGAAUAUGGCGACUUGAUAACUUCCCUGACAUCGAGUGGUAUGCCAGAGCAUAGGGUUCAACUAAAAGUGAAUGCGCCUGUAAUAUUGCUUCGUAAUUUAGAUCCUACUGAAGGGCUCUGUAAUGGUACACGGUUGGUGUGUAAGAAAAUGGACAAAAAUCUCAUACAUGCACAGAUAGCGGUUGGGGAUUUCUUGGGAAAGGAUGUAUUCAUACAUAGAAUACCCUUUGAGCCACCUGAAGAAGAACAAUACCCUGUUCCAUAUAUACGUAAACAGUUUCUGCUCAGACUUUGCUUUGCAAUGACAAUAAAUAAAGCACAGGGACAGACACUGGACCAUGUUGGUAUCUAUUUGAGAGAACCAGUUUUUUCGCAUGGGCAGCUCUACGUUGCUUUGUCCCGGGCAAAAAAAGCAGCGUCCGUUAAGAUGCUUAUACAACCUCCUUUCGGUGAUGGCAAUCUUGUUAAUUUGACAGAAAAUAUAGUAUAUAAAGAGGUUCUCCAGGCUGCAAAUAUCAUCUUGCAGCAUUAG